AUGGGGCAUCCGCCGGGGCCGGCGGCUCUCCACGCCCUGCUGCUGCUGCUGCUGCUGCUGCUCCCGGGGCCGCGGCUGCAGCCCGCCGCCGGCCAGCACUACCUGCACAUCCGCCCGGCGCCCAGCGACAACCUGCCCCUGGUGGACCUGAUCGAGCACCCGGACCCGCUCUUCGACCCCAAGGAGAAGGACCUGAACGACACGCUGCUGCGCUCGCUGCUGGGCGCGCACUUCGACCCGCACUUCAUGGCGGUGGCCGUGCCCGAGGAGCGCCUGGGCGGCGGCGGCGAGGACCCGGCCGAGCUGGACCUGCUGCUGCGGCAGCGGCCCUCGGGAGCCAUGCCCGGCGAGAUCCGCGGCCUGGAGUUCGCCGAGGGCGGCCUGGCGGCCAGCAAGAAGCACCGGCUGAGCAAGAAGCUCCGGCGGAAGCUGCAGCUGUGGCUGUGGUCGCAGACCUUCUGCCCGGUGCUCUACGCCUGGAACGACCUGGGCAGCCGCUUCUGGCCCCGCUACGUCAAGGUGGGCAGCUGCUUCAGCAAGCGCUCCUGCUCGCUGCCCGAGGGCAUGGUCUGCAAGCCGGCCAAGUCGGUGCACCUCACCAUCCUGCGCUGGCGCUGCCAGCGGCGCGGGGGGCAGCGCUGCACGUGGAUCCCCAUCCAGUACCCCAUCAUCGCCGAGUGCAAGUGCUCCUGCUAG